GGUAUAUAAGAGCGGCUUGCUCCUCCAACAAAUCAUCAUCGUCAUCGACACCAUGGCCUUCCUCUGGAUCGUUUCCUGCCUCGCCUUCGUCAGCGCCGCCUACGGCUGCGGCACCCCCGCCAUCCCUCCCCAGGUGUCUGGCUACGCCCGCAUCGUCAACGGUGAGGAGGCCGUGCCUCACUCCUGGCCCUGGCAGGUGUCCCUGCAGCAAUCCAGCGGCUUCCACUUCUGUGGAGGAUCUCUGAUCAACGAGAACUGGGUUGUUACCGCUGCUCACUGCAACGUCAGGACCUACCACAACGUGGUCCUUGGAGAGCACAACAAGGGAUACGGCUCUAAUGAGGCUAUUCAGAAACUGAAGCCCGCCAAGGUGUUCACCCACCCCGGCUGGAACCCAUCAACCAUCAACAACGACAUCAGCCUGAUCAAGCUGUCCAGCCCCGCUCGCCUGGGAUCCAACGUGUCUCCCGUCUGCCUCGCCGACUCCUCUGACAACUUCCCCGCUGGCAUGACCUGCGUCACCUCCGGAUGGGGUCUGAUGCGCUACAACGCUCCCAGCACUCCCAACCAGCUGCAGCAGGCCGCUCUUCCCCUGCUCUCCAACACUCAGUGCAAGUCCCACUGGGGUAGCAACAUCUCCGACGUGAUGAUCUGCGCUGGUGGAGCUGGAGCCACCUCCUGCAUGGGAGACUCUGGCGGUCCCCUGGUCUGCCAGAAGGACAACGUCUGGACUCUGGUCGGUAUCGUGUCCUGGGGAAGCAGCCGUUGCUCCACCUCCACUCCCGCCGUCUACGCCCGUGUCACCGAGCUCCGUGGCUGGGUUGACCAGAUCCUUGCUGCCAACUAAAUCCUCACAGGCAACGCCGUUAUCACCGACCCCACCUGACCGUGGGCAGUCACACUUUGGAGUGUGUGGACAAUGAAUGACAAUAAAAAAACAUUUAAAUGUA